CGGCUCCCCAGACUUGGGCAAGAUGGAAGAGAAGCUGAAGACAACCAAGAUCGUCUUUGUGGUGGGAGGGCCUGGCUCGGGGAAGGGCACCCAGUGUGAGAAGAUUGUCCAGAAGUAUGGCUACACCCACCUCUCCACCGGAGAUCUCCUGCGGGCCGAGGUCAGCUCAGGCUCGGCCAGGGGCAAGAAGCUGUCAGAAAUCAUGGAGAAGGGGCAGCUGGUGCCACUGGAGACAGUGUUGGACAUGCUGCGAGAUGCCAUGGUGGCCAAAGUAGAUACUUCCAAAGGCUUCCUGAUUGAUGGCUACCCACGGGAGGUGCAGCAGGGCGAAGAGUUUGAGCGGCGGAUUGGAAAGCCCACGCUAGUGCUGUAUGUGGACGCAGGCCCCGAGACCAUGACCCAGCGGCUCCUGAAGCGUGGAGAGACCAGUGGGCGUGUGGAUGACAAUGAGGAGACCAUUAAAAAGCGGUUGGAGACCUACUAUAAGGCCACUGAGCCUGUCAUCGCCUUCUAUGAGAAACGUGGCAUUGUGCGCAAGGUCAAUGCUGAAGGCUCCGUGGACAGUGUCUUCUCCCAGGUCUGCACCUACCUGGAUGCCCUGAAGUAGCAAAGCCUGGAGCCUCUUCCCCAGCUCAGAGUCCUGCCCCAUCCCUGUCCUGACUCCAGGCCGUCCUGGCCGCAGCCCAGCGCCUCCACCCUCCCCGGCUGGAGCACAGACAGAGGAAGCUACUUUAUCCUGUUUUCAUGGACAGCCGAGCACUAAAGGAAUUUCCAAGGACA